UCAGGAACAGGCCGUCUGGGCGUUGGGCAACAUUGCCGGCGAUUCACCCGAAUGUCGCGAUUAUGUGUUGAGUAACAGCGCUUUAAUGCCUUUACUUCAAUUGCUCAGUAAGUCCUCGCGAAUAUCGAUGACCCGGAACGCCGUGUGGGCGCUCUCUAACCUGUGUCGGGGUAAAAACCCUCCGGCGAAGUUCGAAACAGUCAGUCCAUGUCUACCAGUGUUGGCGCGACUUCUCUUUCAUAGUGAUAGUGAUGUGUUGGGCGACGCGUGUUGGGCCCUCUCCUACCUGAGCGAUGGGCCCAAUGAGAAGAUUCAAGCGGUGAUCGACGCGGGCGUCUGUCGCCGAUUAGUGGAACUGCUGAUGCAUUCGAACCAAAGUGUAGUGUCGGCGGCACUGAGAGCUGUGGGCAAUAUAGUGACCGGCGAUGACAUGCAGACCCAAGUAAUCCUCAACUGCAACGCUUUGCCGUGUCUUUUGCACCUCUUGUCCAACAGCAAGGAGUCCAUUAGGAAGGAGUCGUGUUGGACUAUAUCUAACAUCACUGCCGGCAACAAACAGCAGAUCCAAGCCGUCAUUAACGCCAAUAUAUUCCCCAUUUUGAUCGAAAUCCUGUCGAGAGCUGAGUUCAAGACCCGUAAGGAGGCGGCCUGGGCUGUGACCAACGCCACGAGCGGCGGUUCACCCGAACAAAUCAAGUUUCUGGUCGACCAGGGAUGUAUACCUCCGCUCUGUGAGCUCCUCACUGUCAUGGAUCCAAAGAUAAUUCAAGUGGCGCUCAACGGCAUUGAGAAUAUCCUCAGAUUAGGCGACGUCUUAUCCAAGGGUCCAAACAGUAAUGGCGUCAAUGAGUUCGCCGUCAAGAUUGAGGAGUGUUAUGGACUCGACAAAAUAGAGUUCUUGCAAUCGCAUGAAAACGUAGAGAUCUAUCAAAAGGCUUUUGAGAUAAUCGAGCGAUACUUCGGCACAGAAGAUGAAGAGUCGGCGAUCGCUCCCGGAGUCGAUGAGAACAAUGAGUUUCAGUUCGGUUCGGCCGACACCACAAACCCUGAGUUUCAGUUUUAAAUCCGUUACCGUUUAGCAAAAGAAAUGUCAAAACCAAUAGUCAGACA